GUGUAUUUGUUUCUUGGUAGAAGUUUCAAGAUUUUUUAUUGGAGCAAUUUUAGUAAAACUGCAAGUUGUUGAAUGGGCACUGAAUAAGCUUCAGAAGUUGGAUUUUAGUGUAUAAUUAAAUAGAAAAUGAAGUGAUUUCGAAGGUUUUACUGCUCGUGCGAGAGCUAAUUUUUCGGUUUUAUGGGUUGAUGCACGAGUCAAUUUUGAUGCUAAAAUAAGUUGUGGAGUAGAAUGGCCAUGGCAAAGAGAUCAGCAAGAAUUCCUGAGGAGAGGGCGAAGAAGAGUGAGUUGAACUGUAAAUGGGGAUUAUUCAGUAUCUUUGAGUCCCACCAUGGUUGUGCUAGUCGAAAACAGCUUUUGAAUGGGAGGCCUGUGGACAAACAUAUCAUGAAUGAGUAUCCAAGAAAGCCUGAUAUUCUUACCGGCUUUGAUGAAGAAGUCCGGAAAAUUAAAGAUAGAGCAAACUUGGCAAGUCUUACAGUUGAUGCAAGUGAGGAAAGUCUAAGAAAUUCCAUUCAAGGAGAUAUGUCGACCAAGAAGCACAAAAAGAAGGAAAUCAUAGAUGAGAAACAGCAACUUGGAGGAACUUAUUCUGAUGUUUUUGAUCAUUCAGCUAAAAAUCAAAAGACAUCCAGCAAGAUAUCCGAACGUGCUACUAAGACAACAGCGCAUCGCCCCAAAAAUGCAGUAAAACAGACGUAUCAACACCUUUUGGGUUCAGCAGAAAUAUUUCCAAAUAAGCUCAACGUUGCAGCAAUUUUGGAAGAAACCUACAAUCAGAUUCACCAAGAAGACAAUUUCUAUUGUGGAGGUGCAGUCGAUGAGAUGAAUGUGCAGCAAGUUCAGAUGAGCGCCAAAGCUUUUGUUGAUCUGAUGUUUCUUGAUAAAAAAUUCACCAGUAAAGAAGGGGCAAACUCAGAGUCGAAACUAUUCUCUGAUGCAUUGGAAAUUCUGAAUUCUCACAAGGAUUUAUUUGUGAAACUCCUGAAAGAUCCGAAUUCCAUACUAGCUAAAUACAUUAAGAACCUACAGAAAUUUCAGAUGGAGAAAGAAAUAACCAAUUCAAUCUUAGAAGGAAAUGUCUUCAAACUUGGCAGUAAAAAUGAGGGGAGUUUCGAAAAGUUUGAAUGUACAGCAGAGAUUAAAAAGAAACAUGUGAACACUCUUUUGUGGGAAAAGAUCAAGUACCAACGUGAAUGUCCAUCAAAAAGAAGUUUCACUCAUCGGUCUUCAAAUAAGAUAGUAGUAUUAAAGCCAACACUGAAGAACAUAAAAUGUCCAGAAAAUGUUGCCUGUCAUUGCUCAUCACUGCAGUCUCGCCAUAGCUCAAGUAGGAAAGGACCGGAUGAGAAACCUACAUACUUAUUUUUCAGAGAGAUGAAGCGAAAGUUAAAAUAUUCAUUUGGAGGAAGUGGAAAUACUGCAGAUUCUUCCACCAAUGCCAAGACAAAAGACGAGCUAUGCAAGACACAGAACCUCAAUUCAAGCUACGAUACUGAUACUUCUUGCAUGGUACGCAAUAAAAAAGACCUGUCAAGAGUCUGUUCCAUGGAGAAACAGGAGUCUGACAUGAUUGUGGAGGCAAAAAGGCAUCUUUCUGCGAGGUUAAAGAAUGUAACAGCGACUGCGAGCCCAAAAAGCGAGAAAUUCCCAAAAACUUUAGGGCUAAUUCUCUCCUCACCUGAACAAGAUUCCUGGCCUCCAAGCCCAAAAAGGGAUGGGGAAUGUGAUUCUGCUUCUGCACAAAUGAGAUUUGGUCCAUACAGUGACUUGCAAAUGACCAUGGAAAGCAGUUGGAACAUAGAGAAGGGAAGACAAAGAACUUGUGUAAGUGCUUGGAGACAGAAUGCAGAAGUCCCAUCAGGUGGUGACUUUAGGGGGGCUGGUGAUUCGAAUAUCCAGAAUAUUGACCGUGAAGUAAAUCUUUGUUCUGAUACAGAUGGUCCAAAGUAUAAUGGUCAAUCACAUACAGUAGAAGUGAAUGGCAUUCUGCAACCAGGAAAUAUAUAUACUCUGGAAGUGCCAAACGAAUUAAACAGAACCGAUGUUAGUGGUACUACGAAAAGAAAUAACGCAACUGAACUACAGAAGGAAGAUUGCAGUGCAACAAACUUGAGACUGGAUUCACCUUCAGAUGAUCAAAUCUUUACUUCUGCAUUGGAUGAUUCUCCAUCGAGUCCAAGCAUAUACCAAUUACAUGGGGUGAAUGGCAGUAAAGAUCAAGAAAUGCAUCCAAGUCCAGUUUCUGUUCUUGAUCCAUUUUUUCCAGACGACAUGCCAAGUCCACCCAGCAUUGAAGUACAAUCAGCUCGAAAGCCAUUGCAACCACUUCGUAUUGAUUUUGAACAAUACUCACGUGAGAUUGAGGAAUCCCCCAUAGAUCCCCCAGUGAAUCCAACUGCCAACAUAGAUAAGCAAGAUUCCAUUUCCAACUAUGUCCAUUCAGUGUUGGAAGCUUCUCGUUCAUAUUGCAACGACCUAUCAAUGAUUAGGGCAAUACCCGAACAGCUGCUUCAUGCAUACGUAUUUGAUGAAGUGGAGUUUUUACCUACUGAAUCUCGCUGUGACCCAAAACUUAUAUUUGAUCAUAUGAAUGAAGUUUUACUAGAGAUAUAUCAACGCCAAAUCAGUUCUUCUCCUUGGCUAUCGUUCAUCAAACCGGAAAUCAAGUCUAUGCUAUCAGAAGAUCAGGUUUUUGAUGAGGUAACCAAGAAGGUCAAAUUUCACCACCUUCCACAGUUAGGGCCGUUAACAUUGGACCUGCUUACUGGAAGCGAUAUGGCAAAAUCCGGAUCAUGGCUUGACAUCCGACUAGAUACCGAAGAUAUUGCUUUUCACAUUUCAGAAGGCAUUCUGGAGGAAUCAAUAGUUGAUAUAAUACUUGAAUUCAAUACUUGAAGAUUAUAUUUCACGGCUUUCUUCUGCUGCCCUGUACUAGUUGGAAUGAGUGGAUCUUAAUCACAAGAAUGCUGGUAGUCGAGAGGUAACAUGAAGCAGGAAUUGCCUAUCUGAAAAUUUUGCAAUUUCCCGAAUAUUUGCAGAAUGUGAUUGUCUUCCGAAAGAAAUUGAUGAAAUCUUAGAUGGUCUAAACUUCAUAUUGAUUCGAAUACUUCCAAAAGGUCAAGAGGUUUCUGAGUCAUUGCAAAAACUACAGGUUGAAUAGAUGGCUGACAACUUUCUACUUGGAGCAUUCCGUUAUUAUCUAUCAAUUCUGACCAUUUUCAGUGUUUCAUUGACCUGCAAGUGGAGAUGCAGCAUAGUGUGCGUAUAACUAAAAGCUUAUUCUUUUCUUCUUGUAAGCUUUGUAAGUAAUACUUGAAAACUUUGGUGGUGUGUACAUUUAUUUUAUUGGAUAUUGAAUCGAUGUAGCAAUAAACCCAACAAAGUGGAGAAAAUGACUUUACGAAAUAUAAAGUUUAGUUUAUUGGUCA